AUGCGGAGCUCCAUUGCGACCUACCGGGAGAGCCUCUCCCGGCUCGCCGGCGAGGUCGACGACGCCGCGGCCGACGAGGUCCCCGCGCCGCCGCUGGCCCCGGCAGCUAGGGGCGGGGACCUCUCCUCCACGCCGCCGUCGUCGGGGAGGCGCCGACGGUACUCCCGCCCUGGCCCCGGCUCCGAAGCCGCCGAGCCCGACGAGAUUUCUAAAUUGAGGGAUGACAUCCAAAAGCUUCAAGCUUCCGAGGCUGAAAUAAAGGCAUUAUCUUUCAAUUAUGCUGCAAUGUUGAAGGAAAAAGAGGAACAACUGGGAAAACUUCGUGAAGAAAAUGGAUCUCUUAAAAGAAGCUUGGAGAGCUGUAAGGCAGUUUCAGCCAAUUCUAAUGGUACUUUGGAAAGAUCACCCAGAACACAAAGGAAUGCAGUUCAGGAAAAUUCAUUGAAUCUCACCAAGCAGAAUGGAUAUGGCGGUGGUUCUUCUCACGGUACCCAGGCAAAUGGUCUGCAUCCAGUGACAGGGUAUCAGAAGGGAAGUGCAUUGGAGGAAGAGAGAUCAUCCUUGAUUACCAAGCAAGCUAGUCUUGAAAAUGAAAUCAAACAAUUGAAACAGCAGCUCAGCAAUAAUUCCGAGAAAGAAACUGAAACUAAAAGGAGGCUAGAAGAUGAAACCAAGCGGAAUGAAUUUCUUCAGCAGCAACUAAAUGAACUCAAGAUGAACAAAGAGAGGAUAUCAACUAGCAUGGAAGGGCUACACAAGGAACUGAGUGAGAAGAAAUCUGAGUUGAGACGUGUUCAAGAUGACUUAAGCAGAAGGGACAAGGAGCAUAUAGAGAAAGUCAAGCUUGAGGCAGAUCUCAAGAGUAUGAAGAGUACCUCACAAAAAACUGUUGACAGUACAUUUGAUACUAACAAGAUUUCUGACUCGGAAAAGGUUAAGGAAGAGAUGGAUUCUUUGAAAAGAGCAUUACAGGAUGCUUCCCGUGAGAGAGACAAAGCAGUGCAGGAUCUGGCUCGGCUGAAGCAGCAUUUGUUAGAUAAGGAUCUUGAAGACCAAGAAAAGAUGGAUGAAGAUAGUAAACUCAUUGAAGAAUUGCGGGUAGUCUGUGAGCAGCAAAGGGCUCAUAUAAUGCAGUUAGAGAGGGCUUUAAAGACUGCCCUUGGACAGUACUAUGCUGAGAGUGAAGCCAAGGAACGACUUGGAGGUGAUUUAGCUGUUGCUAGGGAAGAACUGUCUAAAUUGUCAGAGUCAUUAAAGGUGGCAAAUCAAACUAUUGAGAUUUCAAGAAGGGAGAAGGAAGAUAUAGCUACCAAACUUUCACAAGCAGAGAGGAUGUUAGUAGAUGGGAAGCGAUCCAUGCAGAAGUUUGAGGAUGACAAUUCAAGAUUGCGGAGAGCACUAGAACAAAGCAUGACAACUGUGAAUAGGAUGUCACUAGAUUCAGAUAACUCCGUUGACAGGCGCAUUGUGAUCAAACUGCUAGUCACCUACUUCCAACGUGAAAUCACAGCAAAGAGGUGUGUUCUGGAUCUCAUGGUCCGCAUGCUUGGCUUCUCCGAGGAAGACAAGCAAAGGAUUGGUUUUGCACAAAAUAAUGCUGGUAAGGGUGUUGUCCGUGGUGUUUUGGGUCUCCCGGGACGCCUAGUCGGAGGAAUUGUUGGUGGAGGUACAUCUGGCAAAUCUACUCAAGCGUCUCAGGAUAGCCAGUCAUUCGCAGACCUAUGGGUGGACUUCCUGCUCAAGGAGACGGAAGAAAGGGAGAAACGGGAAGCCUCAGAAGUUGCAAGGCAAUCGCAGGAAGAGAGCCAUACCGCCACGGGUCCAAUUUCAGCAUGUUGGGCAGGCUACCUUUCCAGUUACACUCAUGUAUGCCUGCAUGGACUUGAGACCUUGAGUACAGUGAUAAUGGGAUGCACCCGGACGUGGCCGCCUACGUCGGGACUCCGGUUCCUGCUGCUCCAUUUCACGCGAACCCGCGCCUCCUGUUCGGACGCCCGCGCCACCUCCGCUUCCCGCACUCGUGCCACCAUCGCCCUCGACUGCGUCAUCUCGGGAGGCCACGUCGCCAUCCCCUUCGACUGCACCGUCCUGAGAGGCCGGACGCCGGAGCAGCUGGUGACCCACGACAGGGCCGUGGCGCUGGUCAGGGAGUUCGCGGACAAGGGGAAGGAGGCUCCAGUUGCAGAAGCGGCUCGCGCUCCUCAACAACGGCGCGGGCCGUUCAUGCCGUUUUACCACUGGGCUGGGCGCCCGAUAUGUAUUAUGAAGGGCCAUGGUGGUUCUGAUGAUGAAAAAUUCCCUCAUUAUAUUUGCGAUUUUGUCUUUCAUAGAAAAUUUAUGGUUUAUGAUAUUUGCUUUUUUGUUUUUUUGGUUGAUGUGGAGGUCGAGGCAGAGGCGCAGCCAUUUUUCAGCGUCAAUUUGGUUUCAUUGCUCUUCGACUUCGCCAACAACUACAGGGGAUCCUACCAGUUGUCCUGCUCAUUCUACUGCUCCUACUCAGGCUACCAGGACGAGCUCCAGUGGGCGUCGGCAUGGCUGUACCGGGCAACCAAGGACAGCAAAUACCUCGACUUCCUGCAGAACAACCAGGGCGGCAGCGCGACCGAGUUCAGCUGGGACAACAAGUAUCCCGGAGCUCAGCUGCUUGCAACACAGGAGUACUUGGGUGGAAGGACAGAGCUGGAAGGCUACAAGAGGGGCCUGGACUCUUUCGUCUGCGCUGUCAUGCCCAACAGAGGCAAUACACAGAUACGCACCACCCCUGGAGGGCUUCUCUUUACCCGCGAUUCUGUCAACCUGCAGUACACAACAACCGCAGCCCUGCUGCUGUCAAUCUACUCAAAGACCCUGACUUCUGUAGGCGACCAAGUAGUCCAGUGCAGCGCCGCAAGCUUCUCUCCAGAUCAGAUCAGUUCAUUCGCAACGUCACAGGUGGAUAACAUCCUGGGAGACAAUCCGAAGGGCAUGUCGUACAUGGUCGGCUUCAGCUCCAAGUUCCCAAGGCACAUUCACCACCGCGGCUCCUCCAUCCCCUCGAUCAAGGCUCUCCCCAGGAAGGUCACCUGCAACGAGGGCUUCUCGUCAUGGUUCCCGACCAGCAACCCCAACCCCAACACCCAUGUCGGCGCCAUCGUUGGCGGAACUGACGGGAACGACCACUUCAGUGACAGCAGGGAGGACUCCACGCACCCCGAGCCAGCAACGUACAUCAACGCAGCAUUUGUGGGUGCCUGCGCUGCUGCCCUGGGGCAGAACCAGCACAAGGAGCCUCUGGACAACAUAGCAUCAGCCCUCAGUGAUAUCAUCUAA